AUGGAUCACUUCCGCGGCUUAUUUGAUAAACUCGACAAGAAUAAAGACGGGUUUAUAUCUACAGAGGAGCUGCAGAGUGAAAUGCGACGGAUAGGCGUGGAACCAGUUUGUGAAAAGGUUCAAGCUAUCAUGUCCAGUUAUGACCAAAAUGAGGAUGGACGUCUAAGCUAUCAGGAAUUUCUUAUUUACAUGAUGGACAAAGAGAAGAAAUGGAAAAUAGAUUUCCAUGCCCUUGACAGAAAUAAAUGUGGGUCCAUUGACCUGGAGGAUAUAAUGUCUCUGUUUAAGGAAUUAGGUUUGGUCAUAUCAAAACCCAACGCAAAGCGGAUCAUUCAAAUGAUGGAUGAAGACAACUCUAUGACGGUAGACUGGGAGGAAUUCCUCCAGCACGUCAUCAUUAACCCAGCAGAAAACAUUGGAGAGUUGAUAUCUUCCUGGAAACAUAACCUGGUGUUUGAUGUAGGAGAGAGUCGCUCUAUGCCUGUUGAGUUAACCCAGCAGGAGACUGACCUGUCUAUCUGGGGGAACUUUAUAUUGGCCGCAGGAUUGGCAGAUGCUGUGUCUAGAACUGUGACAGCACCAAUAGACCUGUUAAAGACACGACUUCAGGUUUUUGGAUCCAAAGCUGUGUCUCUGGGAUUCCGAGAGCUGCAGACUGGAGGUUUUAGAUCCUUGUGGCAAGGAAAUGCUGUGAAUGUUCUUAAAGGAACUCCACAAUCAACGCUUCAGUGCUUCAUCUAUGCCCAGAUGAGGAUGUACACACUUGGCGAGAGGGACAGUCUGUCGGUCCAUCAAAGGUUUGGACUGGGCUGUGUGUCAGGGGCCGUGGCACAUGCCGUGUUCUACCCCUUAGAGGUAUUGAAAGUUAGACUCAAUCUCCAGCCUGCUGGUACCUACAAUGGAGUUUUGGGAUGUGCCAGGUUGAUUUACCAGAACGAGUCCGUGUCAGCUUUCUACAGAGGGUUCAAACCCAGCAUACUCUGCAUGAUCCCUUAUGCUGGAGUGGAAUGUGCAGUGCAUCAGUCAAUUAUGAGCUGGGCUAAACAGGAUCCAGAGCACUUCAGUGACUCCAAGCUCUUCCUCUUCAGUUUUGCAGCAUUUGCAUCAGGACAGGCCACCAGUUACCCUCUUGCUGUCAUCAGAACUCACCAGCAAGCUCAAGCUUUCUGUUCAAGCUCACAGAAGCCUACAGAUGCUCUUCAAGGACUCUUUGGAAUCUAUGAGAAAUAUGGAGUCAGAGGUUUUUAUAAUGGAAUGGGUGCUAGCUUUCUAAGAGCGGUUCCUUGUGCUUUACUGAAUUACACCCUGACCUCAAAAUUUGAGACAUUGCUUUCUUCGUUAUUAUAA